AUGUGCCUGAUUGCUUUGCAGGGAAUCCGUGAAUUUAAGCUGGAGAGUGCCAUCGUGCACCGAGUCAAGGCCAGCUUUGCCACAAUCCAUGCUUCCUUCAUCAGCUUCAAGGACGUUCGGGCACAAGUCAACGCCAAUCGAGGCGCCAGCUUCGUGAGCACGCAGACGCGAGUGCGGCCAAACGCAUUUCAUUUCAGGCGGCAAGUGCUUAUUCUCCAGCGAGCUGGCGCCGGGUCGGCUGAACGUCAGUUCAAUGAUUGGGAGCAGUCCACCUCCAUUGCCCGUGCAUUUAGCAUCGGCCGCACCGAAGCAGAGGCAGUGUCAGCCCUAAUGACAAAGGUGCAGAAAGAGGUGGUUGAGAGGCUGUGCGCAGCUGUCAAGAGCCGCGGCAUGGCCAAGCUCCUCACUCACGAUUUGUUGUCCAAAGGGCUUUUGAACCUUGCUUGGACCAGUGGAAUUGGACCAACAGAAGCAUGGAAGGAGGAGCUUCGGAAUAGAGAUGAUGGUGUGCUUGUUAACCUGGUGGUGGAUCGCAUUGUGGGUGACCAUGACAAGGCUUUGCCCACGAUGAGGAAAGCAGUGAACUUCAAGGAGGGUCUUUUGCUUCACCAAGCCGCCGGGCUUUUCCUACACUUCCUUCGCGCUCUUCAGGGUGUGAGCCCUGCAGGGUCCUUCACGGACGCGCGUUCGAAGUUGGAAGACCAGUUCCGCCAAGGGUUUUUAGACCCAGAUCUCCAACAUGUUCUCCAAGUUUCCGUGCCGCCGGGCGACCCCAAAUCAAUCGCCGCUUUCAGGCCUUUCUUUGCUCAGAUUGAAUGCACGCUCAGAUCCGAGAAGGAAGCGAAGGAACAGCUGCUUCAGAAGCAACUCCGAGAGGCUGAUCUCAACACAGUUGCCGCCCAGGUCCUCUCUGACUUUGCCGUGCUUGAGAAGAUGGCUCCAGGUCCAACCCGUCAAGCAGAAGAACAUGCUUUGGACAUGAAAUACUUGAGGGACAGACAAGCGAAGGGGCAGGAGUAUGUGGAGGAUUGGUUGUCGAAGAAUGCGAGUUUGGUGCAAGUCGCGGAGUCCAUGGACACGGCUGUGGGAGAGUUCCUGAAGUUCAAAGAGCAGUACAUCAUUUGCACUGUAGAUACCACCGUGUUCCCGGCUAACGCCAGUUACAUUGCGGCUGCCUUGAAGAAUUUUUGCACAUUCCUGUCCAUGGGAUCUACCACCGUUGGCUUCGUUCUCUUCCCAGUGUACCAAUCGCAGACAUCAGAACAAGCCUUAGUGAAGCACAGACAUCAACUUGAGCUGGCUUUGCUCAAGGGAGGCCUCUCAGUUAUCAAUUCGGUUCAAGUUCUGUACACCAAACCUGAAAGCGGCGCUUCGGACAAGCGCGCAUUGGCGCAACCCGCAAUGGCCACUUUCCAUAGUCACUUCAGCGAUCACGCGUUCCUGAAGAGCAAGCCUGUUCGCACCGGCACUCUGGGCCCUGUACCCCUCAUCAAGUUCAGUGAGCUUUUGGGCUUUGACGACGUGUCCAAACCCGGCGCCUCUGCGAGAGUGGAGCAGAAGGGAGUGCCUUGCCAUGAGGAGAUGAUCCAAAGCUUGUUGGAUGGAGUCCCCAUUGAUGACAAGGACACUGUCAUCCUGCUAGAUGUGGUUCCGAACAGGUUCAGCGAAUUUGGGCGCGCUGCUGUCAACAUGAACUUGCGCGGCGACGGGCCAACCGUUCACUAUUUUGGUUUGAUUCAGCAGGAGUACAAGACCAACUUGACCGCUGUCAAAUCCAUGGUGUACAAGAAGUGGGAUGAGGACACCAAUUUGAGCCCACCAAAAACACGACCCCUGCGGGAGAGCUCAGCCGCCGCAGCAGCAGUGCCAAGUCUGGACAUUUUGGCUUGGGCCAACGACCGGCCUGUUUUCCCUGCUGUGCUCUUGACCAAGUUUCCAGAGGGCACAGCAGAGCACGCGAGAAUGUUGGAACUGAAGAAAGAUUUUGAUGAGAAGUACCCCGAGGCUUCCCAGCCACCACCAGCGGUGGGCUCCGGAAGAGCUGGUGGGGUCUGCGAUUACAGUGUCGACGGAGGCCGACAUCCACUAGACUGCACCCGUGUGAUCGAUCUCCCGCUCGUCGGAGCUGACAGUUCUGGAGAGACCAGGAAAUCUGAGUGUGCUCUCACAGGCAAGAAACCGGCGAUCGUCAUAUGCGACAGCUUCGCAGUUUGGUUGGGGAACACCACUGACGCUGAUAUGACGCUGGAAGCUGGCGAACUUUUUGGCUUUGGCCGAGGAACGUAUGAGCACAAAGUAGUAGGUGACGCCAAGAGCGAAACCCAUGGAAUCCCAUGGCGCUUGACGAGCGACUUCGACCUUGUCAGCUACAAGAAGGUCAUCAUGCCACUUUGCCAGCUUCUUCGAAAGUUGGCGAUUGACCAGGGCCUGAGUGAAAUUGAAGUUUGCGACCACGUGCUGAAACCACGACUGGCUGAGGAUGGUGUCUUGCCAAUUUGUUUCCGCUAUGUGAUCGCACCGGUGGAGUCGAAGGCGACCAACGUGUUCAAGCCUCAGCCAGCCGGUGAUGGUGGAAGCGACCCUGUCCGCCAUCAAACGUUGGGUAGUAGCCUCGCCGGUAACUUUGACAAGCUGAUCGGCAACAAGCGAGCAAGCCUGGUGUGGGAGGUGGACAUUGAAACGUCGCCGGGGCGACUGGUAGCCACGAAGCCCAAGAUUUAUUUAACGUGCGGCUUUCGCCUGCCGUCCAAAAGCUGGGUGAACCUGUCAGCCUAA